ACUUCACAAUUACAUUCACUGCAGAGCAUCCGUCACCACGAAUGGGCACAUGCACCUGGUGCAGACGACGGAUAUUUCGAAAAAAUAGACGAUGACAUAUGUGUUGGGAGUGAAAGUGGAUUCAAUGUGGCUGCUGCAAAACGUCCCGAGUUCGCAAAUCGAAAGACUAGAUUAAAAUCUUUCCGAACCUGGACGAAAUUUAUGAUUAAUGUGAUGGAACUGGUAGAUGCUGGGAUGUUUUAUCUAGGAGAGAUGGACAAAACUGAAUGUUUUUAUUGUGGCAUACAGUUGGAAGAUUUGAAAAUUCACGAUGAACCUUGGGUAGAACAUGCCAGAUUGUCACAAGACUGUGCCUUUCUAAUCGCUUAUAAAGGCAUUGCUUUUGUAAUAUCUUGCUUGGAAUUCUAUGAGCUCCCUACAACCGGUAUAAAAACCAAACUUCCGGGAAACCAACUGGCGAAUGGGGCGCGUGGGACUCCCGGGCCUCCGCCACAGGCUUCGGGAGCUUCUGAAUCUCAUCAACAUCUGGUACCAAAACGAAUUAUUAGAAGAGUGGAACCGAGGGAAAUCCGAUCAAGGCUCGACAUGGACAAUGCAAAAAUGCUGACGAAUUUAGGUUACCCCAGGGAACUUGUGGGUCAAGUGAUUGGCGAGCGCCUCCAAACAGAAGCUGAUGACUUCAGGCAUUUCGGCGAUUUGAUCAGAGCCGUUAUGAGUGCUGCCGAGAUGCUUGGUAUUCAGUUGCAUACAGAAAGACCACGUGUCCAUUUACAAUCAUUUCCCCUCAGCCCUUUCGAAAGGUCAAGUAUGUUAGGGUCCUCGGCUGCAUCCUCUGUUGAAUUUGCGAGCCAAAGUGCUGGGGAAGGUCUCGACCCUGCAGUCAGAAGUGCUAUGGAGGAAAAUAGAAGCUUGAAGCAAAAAAUAUUUUGCAAAAGGUGCUGGAAGAAGGAAGUGAAUGUUGUCCUGUUAAAUUGUGGCCACAUGGUCCUCUGUGAGGAUUGCGCUAAGCUUGUGCACAUUUGCCCAACAUGUAACAAUCACAUUCUGCAGAGAGUCAAAGUCUUUGUAGCCUAAAUUGAUAAAGACAAUUAAAGUACAUGUAUGUCAUACUGUAGUGUAAUUGAUAUGGACUGUGGACUCUGUGGUAUCUCUUUUACAUGUACCCGGAAUAGCAUUCCGCGAUGAUGAUGUCACUGCAGCUGCUGCCCUCUAUUUCCCCAUCGCUGAAUUACAGGCAAUGUCGGACAAACAUGCGGUUUCGUAAUGGAUUCAGGCUUUCUAACUAGGGCAGUCAGAUUCAAUCUGGCACAUGUACGAGUGUUGGAAAUACUACAUAAUUGUUCUGAAUAUUUCGCUCUCUGACUCUAUGGUAUCAUUCAUGCUAAAAACAAUGCAGGGGCAAAGAUAAUUGACUUUGAAAUAAGCUCAAAUGCGUAGAAAUAAGUGUCGAGGUCCGACUGUCACGUGACUAAAACGUCAUCAAUAUCUUAUGCAAAUGACCUUGUGAGCUAUAAAUAGUAACUUCGCGGAAUGCUAUUGGAACAUGCUGCAUUUGUUCACAAACUCUAUCUCAUAUCUGCACGAUUCGUCCGUAGCUACACCGUAUACGUAUCGUGAAAGGUAGUCGUUCUGCUUUAGGAAAAUCAUUUAACCUUCUGUGCAGUAAAUAUGAAAUUAAUCGUUUUAGCAAAUGGAAUAAGGAUGACUCACUGACUAAGAUUAAUGUUACCUAUAAUAAUAAUGUUGUCCCAGUAGGUCUUCAAAUUCGUGAACUAUUAUAUAUGAGAGACAACGAGUCUAAUAUCUUAAAUAAGGAGGAAUGUAAUGACAUUAUUAACUUCUUGUGCAUUAACUAGUUAAUAACAAUGUUAGCUUAUUAGAAGUCUGAAAAUUGCACUGCACUUGGCACUUCGCACAAACUUAC